AUGUCACAAUCUUCAAAUAACUCUGAAACUAAGACUCAAGUUUCAACUAACACAAAUGCUGUUGUUUUAAAUAAAAAGGAACAAUUUUGUGAUAAACAAAAUGCUUUUCUUAAUAAAGAGCAUAGACCUUUUUUAAAAGAAUAUAAAUUUGUUCUUGAUAAAGACAAGAACAUUGUUAAUAAAGUUAGCAGAGAAUAUUUACUUGAAUUACUUUAUACUGAA